AUGGAAGAAGCAAGGAAUGAAAUCAGAAGAGUGCAGAGUCAGAUGCAACAUAAUUAUACUGAUACUAUGCAAGACGAGAGAAAUGCAUUACAAAAACUGGAAAAAUGGUCAAUGAUUGAAGAGAGUAUUAUGAAGCAGAAGGCAAGGGCUAAAUGGAUACAGCUGGGAGAUGCAAACAUUAAGUAUUUCGCAGCAGUAAUGAAAGAAAGGAAGCACGGAAAUCAAAUAAAGGAACUGACAACUAUGGAUGGAAAGAAAAUCAAUAAACCAGCUAAGGUUAAAGAGAAGAUAAUUAGAUUCUAUAAGAGUCUAAUGGGCACAACAGCAAAAAGACUUACAACAAUAAAUAGAACAGUAAUGAACAAAGGGCCAAUGCUGACUCAAGAACAAAGGCUGACAUUAUGUAAAGAAGUUACUAAAUAUGAAGUAUUUGAGGGGUUAAAAGGAAUAGGAGAUGAUAAGGCUCCAAGGAUAGAUGGAUAUAGUGUUGUGUUUUUCAAAAGAGCAUGGCACAUUAUUGGCAGUGAAGUGACUACAGCAAUACAAGACUUCUUCUCAACAGGAAGAUUAUAUAGAGCCAUUAACUGUACAACCAUCACCCUAAUACCCAAGGGACUUAGACAAGGGGAUCCUAUAUCGCCAUUUCUAUUUGCAAUUGCAAUGGAGUACCUAAGUCGAAUCUUAAAGGAAAUGGCAGAGAGGAAGCAGUAUCAUUACCAUCCCAGAUAUGCUUCAAGAUUGCAAGCAAACAUAGGGAAAAACUCCAUUUAUUUUGGAGGGGGUGGGGCAACAAGUCCAAGAGCAGAUGCUGCAAACAUUAGGAUUUACAAGAGGAAUGUUACCUUUCAAAUAUCUGGGAGUUCCACUGUCAACAAGGAAGCUAACAAUGAUACAAUGGCAGCCCGUCAUUGA